AUGCCAAGCAUUGAUCCAAAGAUCACAAGACAUCAUAUUCCUCUAUAUCCUGGCGCUAAUCCAAUAAAGCAAAAGCUCAGACAGAUGAAAGAGAAAGUCAUGAACAAAAUCUGGGAAGAAUUCCAAAAUCAACUUGAAGCUAGAUUUCUCGAGGUAGUGAAAUAUCCUAUCUGGAUUGCCAACGUAGUCCUUAUCCUUAAGAAAGAUGGAAAACUAUGUUUGUGUAUGUGUGUAGAUUAUUGGGAUCUAAACAACGCCAUCCCUAAAGAUCAUUUUCCUCUACCACACAUCGACAUACUAGUCGAUCAUGCCACUAGAGUAACAACAAACAUUAAGCCAAAAGAAGACCAUCUUCGUUCCAGUAUUAAACUUGGAUGCAGUGUAGUACCCGGAUAUCAUACAGAAGAGUACAAAGAUUUGUUCCAAAAUGGCCUGCCUGCUGUGAUAAACUGGAAUAAAAUUGUGGAUGAUGAUACUAGAGAUGAUCAGGAAGAUCUUAAUGAUAUCGAGGUGGUGCGGUCAAAGUAUGUUCAAGCCAUCAAACUAAUGUUGAAUUCAAAUGAUGAUGGACAAAUAAGUGCAUCUGCAUAUGACACAGCAUGGGUAGCUCUAAUAGAAGAUCCUGACAUUAGUGGACGCCCUCAGUUUCCAUUGGCUCUCCAAUGGAUUAUUGAGAAUCAACUUCAUGAUGGGUCAUGGGGUGAUGAGUUUAUAUUUGAAGCGCAUGACCGAAUACUCAAUACAAUGGCUUGUGUUGUCGCAUUGAAACAUUGGAACAUUCAUCCAGAUAAAUGUGAACAAGGAAUGUUAUUCAUAAGGGGGAACCUAAAGAAGCUUGAAGAUGAAAAAGCUGAGCACAUGCCUAUUGGGUUUGAAGUUGCUUUCCCUUCCCUAAUUGAAUUGGCAAAAAAAGUUGGCAUUGAAAUUCCUGAUGAUUCUCCACUCCUAAAUGAAAUCUAUUCAAGAAGAAACAUAAAGAUGAAAAGAAUACCCAAAGACAUAAUGCACAAAGUGCCCACAACACUGCUUCAUAGCUUGGAAGGAAUGCCAGAUCUCGACUGGGAAAAACUUAUGAAACUUCAGUCCCAAGAUGGUUCAUUCUUGUUCUCCCCAUCCUCCACUGCAUUUGCUCUCAGUCAGACCAAAGAACCCAAUUGUUUUGCAUACCUGGAAAGAAUUGUCAAUAAGUUCAAUGGAGGAGUUCCAAAUGUUUAUCCGGUGGACUUGUUCCAACGUAUUUGGAUGGUUGAUCGGCUUGAACGCCUUGGGAUAUCCCGGUAUUUCCAGCCAGAGAUUAAACAAUGUGUUGAAUAUGUUCACAAAUACUGGACCGAGGAUGGAAUAUGUUGGGCAAGAAAUUCAAAGGUUCAAGAUAUUGAUGAUACAGCCAUGGGAUUCAGAACUUUAAGGUUGCAUGGGUAUGAUGUCUCAGCAGAUGUGUUCAAGAAUUUUGAAAAAAACGGAGAGUUCUAUUGCUUUGCCGGACAAUCUACACAGGCAAUAACAGGAAUGCUUAAUCUUUAUAGAGGUUCACAAAUUAUAUUCCCAAACGAGCAUAUUCUUGAAGAUGCAAAGAAGUUCUCAUCCAAAUUCUUGAGAGAAAAACAAAUGGUGAAUGAGAUCUUUGAUAAAUGGAUCAUCACCAAGGACUUGCCUGGUGAGGUGAAGUAUGCCCUAGACGUGCCAUGGCAUGUUAGCUUGCCCCGCCUAGAGACAAGAUUCUACUUGGAACAGUAUGGUGGUCAAAAUGAUGUUUGGAUAGGCAAGACUUUAUACAGAAUGCCUUUUGUUAACAAUGACCUCUAUCUUGAGCUUGCAAAGAUUGAUUAUAACAACUGCCAAACAUUGCAUCAGCUGGAGUGGGACAUCAUUAAUAAAUGGUACAAUGAAAGCAACCUUAGCGAAUAUGGAAUGAGCGAAAACGGAGUCCUUUUAUCUUAUUAUUUGGCUGCAGCAUCCAUCUUUGAGCCCGAGAGAUCACAAGAACGUUUAGCAUGGGCUAAAACAUCGAUCCUGAUUGAGACAAUCAAGGGUUUCUUUAACCAGUCAGCAUCUUCAUUCAAGGAUGUAGCCGAUUUCAUCGAGGAGUUCAAAUCUAGCAACAACUCCCCAAACCUACAUUAUGAGCAUAAUAAUAUUAAUAGUCACAAAACAAAGGGACAACAGAAUGAAGGACUUGUGGGAACACUUAUAGGAAUCAUCAACAAGAUCUCACUUGACACCAUUGUCGCUCAUGGUAGAGAUAUUCGACCUCAUCUUCAUGAUGCUUGGGUGGCAUGGAUGAUGACAUGGAAGGAUGGAUUCAAGGGUGAAGCUGGUCUAAUAAUCCAGACAAUAAAUAUGUGUGCUGGUCAAUUUUCUAACAAUGAGGUACUCAUCAAUCCAGUACCGCUGUUUAAUCAAUUUCUAUUAACUUAUCUAAUGAAUUAUCGUUUACAUAUUAAGGUAUAUGAAGGUGGGGUGAUAAAUGGUGAUCAUGAUUCGAAAAGCAUUAAGAAGGAGGCAAUAAUGGAUGAGAUAGAAGGAAAAAUGCAAGAGCUUCUUCAGUUAGUGCUGUCUCCCUCAGCAGAUCAUAUCGACAAUGAGGUCAAGAAAACUUUUCUAAUAAUAGCCCGGAGCUGCUAUUAUGCGGCUUAUUUUAGCAGUGAGACUAUAACUUCUCACAUAGACAAAGUACUCUUUCAUAAUGUCAUUUGAU